AGGAGAGAUGGGUAUGAGUUGGGAAUGUUUGGUAUAGAGAAAAGCCAGAGAAGUCUUCGUCCUGUAGACAUUCUGGAUACCAUUUCCCUGCACUGUUUAUGAUGUCUGCUUGAGGAGGCCUGUGUAUUCAGCUGGAAUCUGUGCAGAUUUGUCUCAUGAACCUAUGGUGAACCUGGUGAAAUGGAAUAGAUUGGAAGUGCAGAUCUUAUUUUUUAAGAGAUGGGCAUGCAUAAUGAUGGGCCUUCUGAUGCAUCAUGGAUUUCGUCUCUGAUGUUAUGUCACCCCCAUGUCCUGUUGGUUCGAGCGGUUGCAAUUUAAAUGGGACAGCAGUGCCAGGUGCUGUCUGAGCAAAGCGGACUAGAAGAGGGGCAAAGGGCAGAGGCCAAAAGUAAAUGAUGCACAACUCCGUGUUCCUGCCUUUGCUCUUCUUCUCCCUGGUGACGAGAUGCUCCACGGCGGAGGACGUGCAGAUGGCCAAGCAGCACAGAGAUCCCUGUGUGGCCGAAGAGGAGCACGUGUCAUACCGGCGCUUCAGACGCGGCUGGAUUUGGAAACAGCUUUUGGUUCAGGAGGAGGACCCAAAUCCCCGAAUGAUUGGACAGAUCAAAUCAGACUAUGACAAAGGCGACUUUUCCAUUAAGUACCUUCUGUCUGGUGAGGGUGCUGGAGAAGUAUUCAUCAUAGACGAGUAUUCGGGGGAGAUCUACACAUUACACAAGCUCGACAGGGAAGAGAAGGCCUUCUAUAUACUGAGAUCCCAGGCUAUAAACAGGAAAACUAACCAGCCUGUUGAACCUGAGUCAGAAUUCAUCAUCAAAGUCCAGGACAUCAAUGACAACAUGCCACAGUUCCAGAAUGAACCGUAUGUGUCAGUAAUUCCAGAAAUGUCUCCCAGUGGGACCACAGUAGUGCAAGUGACAGCCACAGAUGCAGAUGAUCCGUCGCAUGGGAACCACGCCAAGCUCAUCUACUCCAUACUGCAAGGGGAGCCGUAUUUCUCAGUGGAGCCAAAAACAGGAAUCAUUGUGACCUCACUGGCCAACAUGGACAGGGAGACUCGGGAAAAGUACUUUGUAGUAGUGCAGGUGAAGGACAUGAUGGGAUUAUCUGGUAGCUACUCAGCUACUACCACAGUUACCAUUAUAUUGUCUGAUGUCAAUGACAAUGGACCCGUCUUCCAGCACAGUCUGUACUCCUUUGCUGUGGCAGAAUCCGCCGCGGUGGGUAUGACCGUGGGCCGGAUUAAGGCCGAUGACAGUGACGUGGGUGUCAAUGCCAGAAUGACCUACGGUCUGGAGGAGAAGGAGGGCAAUGGAACUUUCCAGAUCCAUACUGACCCGGUCACACAAGAGGGGGUAAUUCUGCUUGCCAAGACCUUGGAUUAUGAAACCAAGAAGCGGUUUGUCAUCAUCGCAGAGGCCAUAAACGAUCCCAUGGACACUCGUUAUCUCGGCUACGAUGAGUUCCGGGACCAGGCGACCAUAAAGAUCUUCGUGGAAGACGUGGAUGAAGCCCCAGUGUUUCCUGUUCAAGAGUAUGAGUGGAAAGUUCAGGAAAACAUGGCUGCGGGAACGACUGUCGGCACCGUUAGUGCCAUGGAUCGUGAUGCAGCUAAUAACUCGAUUAGGUAUAAUAUUGAUAGAGACUCCAGUGUGAAGAAACUGUUCAAAAUAGAUCCAAACAAUGGAACAAUUAUUACUGUGAAAUCUUUGGACCGGGAGAGUGUAUCCUGGCACAAUUUUACCGUGACUGCCAGUGAAACAAAACAGAAUCGUUUAUUUUCUUCGGUGCCAGUGUUCAUCAAGGUGUUGGAUGUCAAUGACAACGCUCCACAGUUCUCUAAAGUCUACCAGCCGUAUGUUUGUGAAGGCGCACAGUCUGGAGAGCUCGUACAGCUGGUCAGUGCCAUGGACCUGGAUGACCCUGGAGAGGGGCACCACUUUUACUUCUCCUUGGUUCCUGAGAAGCGUAUCAACCCGAACUUCACACUUCGAGACAACCAAGACAACACUGCCGGGAUCCUGACCCGCCGGAGCUCCUUCUCGCGGCAGGACCGCACCCAGUACCUUCUUCCCGUCGUGAUCGCCGAUAGCGGCGUCCCCCCGCUCAGCAGCACGGCCACACUCACCAUCACGGUGUGCAGAUGCGAGCCGGCAGGUCACUGCCCCAGCGACGGUGUCCAGGCCCUCGCGCUUCCCAUGGGGCUCGGCAUCUACGCGCUCGUCGCCAUUGUCGUCUGCGUCCUCACAGUCACAGUCCUCAUCGCGCUAACACUGGCGGUGAGGAGCCACAAGACCCGGCGGCGCAAUGAGGCCAAGCAGGAGAGCGGGCCGGUGGCGUGGGCGGACCUUCCCGGGAAGGUGUUCCGGCACUCCGAGCCGGAGGCCACGAACAGCCUGGAAGCCUACAGCCCGGUGCCCCUGAGGCGUCAACCGAAGCGAAGAGACAGGCACAGGUUCAGCAGGGCGGAGAUCGAGGCCAGCAUCCGCAUGUCAUUCUGUCAGUCCUACCACAUCGGCCCAGAGGAUGAGGCCUUUCGGCAGUUCAUGCGGGAGCGGCUGCUGGAAGCCGACACCGACCCAUUUGCCCCGCCCUUCGACUGCGUGCGGACAUAUGCCUUCGAGGGCAGGGGCUCGUCGGCCGGCUCGCUCAGCUCCCUGGGCUCCCUCACAGCGUCGGAGACGAGUCCGGAGCGGCCGCAGGAUUCGGGCAGGAGGCUCGUGAGACUGGCACCCUGGCAUGGGGGCAGCGAAGAGGAGACGAGCUUCUGAGGAGGAUCUCACGAAUGAGGAAACGGAACAGGAAAAAAAAUAAGCUUGCGAGAAAAAAUAAACGCUGUACUAUAACUCCAUUCUGUUUGUAUUCAGCAUGGGGACUCUUUCUUAAAACACAUUUAUUUGUGUAUUUCAAAAUGUUUUUUAAAUUCUCAUUUGUUUUAACAUGUCAGUGCCUUCAUUUUCACAGUGUGUGCACCACACUAGCAUAUUCUGUUAUACAGUAUUAUUUUCCUGUGGGAUAUGUAUUUAAUAUUAUUAUAAAACUGUUCCAAAGAAAUCAUACCCAUAAAUAUUGUAAAAACAAAAUGCAGGGGAUGAUGAGGAAAGUGUGUGGGGGGGGAAAGGUAAGCAAAUUUUUAAAUAUGGAAAUUUUUAAAUGUUUUUGAAAAUGGACUCAGUGUUUACUGAAACUGGGUUCAAUACUGCAAGAACGAGUAGAACACAUGCAAAGCACUCUGAACGAAACUGGUCUGGGUUUUUUGUGAGAUUUUCAGCCUGCCUGGACAAGACACCAUGGGGGGAGGGGGGUAGUGUUCACAGCUGAGUUGAGUGACUUAUUUGGGGAGUUGUGGUCAGGAGGUAUGCUUGUGAAGGACUGGAGUAUAGAUGUAUAGUAUAGAUUUGUGGAGCCGGGGUGGGGGGCAUCAAAAACAAACAAACAGAUUACAAAACGAAUGCUACAAACGCUGACGGGGGACACGGCAGACGGGAAAGCCGAGGUCUUGGACCGUAAGAUUGAGCCUCGAGCGAAUCUCGCCGCUCCUUACAUAUCGAGCCUGUGACUUCGGGUUUAAUGAAGUCCCAGGUGACAAGGGGGGUUACAAAUAUUCACACUUACUUUAGAUUCUUGCAUGUAAAAUUGAAAAGCACUCGAGCAGCGUGGCUGCAUGUCGGACAUUCCUUCUUAUUUUCCCCAAAGAAGGCAGAUUUAAUGUCAUGUUAAUGAAUUGUAUACCGAGAUGGCUGAUGUGGGUUUUUGGCAUUAUGAUUUGUAAUAAGUGCUUACUUUGGUAAGAUCAAUGUUGUUAAUUUUUGAUACAUUAUUAAUACUCAGUAGAGCACUACACACACAGAUGCACACACACACACACACACACACAUAUAUAUAUAUAAACAUAGUGCCAAUCGAAUGUUUGGACACACAUACCCACAGAAAGGUUUAUCUGUACAAUUUUCUAUAUUUUAGAAUUAUUACAAAGACAUCAAAAUGAUAAAAUUAUAUAUGCACUAUGAAUUAUGCACUGACCAAAAAACUAAACAAAAAAAAAGAAAAUUAAUUUGUUGGCAGCUCAGUAGGAAAGUUUUCGGUUAAAAUCUCGUGGUCGGCGGAAUGAUGCUACCAUUGAGCCCUUGAGUGAGGCCCCUAACCCCUAUUGCUCCAGGGACUGGCUGACCAUACUUUCUUCUCUGGUGAACCAUUUCUACUGUGUUUAAAUCAGGUGGUCAGGUCAUGUGACGUUACAGUAUCACUCUCUUCUGUAGGCUGCUGGGUGUGUCCAGAAUUUUGACUGGAACUAUACACACACACAAGCAGACGAUGGACAUUCAUUUUACAAGUUGCAGAAACUUUGAUACAAAUUAUUUAUUAAGAUUUCUGUAACAUGAAAUUUGGUCAUGCGCCCGGAGCUUUUGUUUGCAUUGGUUCUUGUAAAAUCAAUUCUGUCUUCAUUGAGAAAAAGUGCCAUUUUGUGCUAAGAAUGUAACCCCAUAGCUUCAAAAAAAUGGUUGUCUUGAAUUGCUGUGGGAUACAUUUAAUUUUAUGAAUCUGCAUAGACGUGUUUGAUGUAUAUUUUUUGGCAUUAUGAUUUGAAAUAGAUACUUUUUACUUUUGUGGGAUGACUAUUCUUUUCUUGACAACACUUUCAGCAAUAUUCUUUUAAAAUGAAGGGGAAUUGAUAUUAGGUAAAGCACAAUAUAUAUAUAUAUAUAUAUAUAUAUCAAACUUAUUAGCAAACAAUGGACACUCAUUUUAUGAGUUACCAAUGUUUCCAUACAAACUCGGAGCUCAGAUAUUUUUGUUGCAGUGUACAUUUGACAUAAGGAUUACUUCACACCUCAAAUACCCAACUGUAUUGUAUAUGAAAACAUUAUGAAGGGCGUGCAUUCACAGGCAAAAUGCCAUCUAUGAAGCCCACGGGAGUGGUACAUCAUUAAUAGCAGAAAGACCUUUGAAAAUCCUGCAUAAAUAUCUAAUUAGGUAUGGUAACCUUUAGGAGACUCUAGUGUAUGAAUACUAAGCAGAUCAGGAGUUCUUCUACUGCAUGGAAACUAUCCACUCAACAUGUUGGAGAGCGCAUUGACAUUACAGAGCUUUGCCCCAUGUAAAAAGGGCAUGCAAUUAAAAUUGCAGAGUGCACUGAUCCAAAGUCAUUGCCCAAUAUCAACCCAAUUUAACGCACAGUUAGCCCCUUCCUCCAUGCUCCGGGAUGGUGAACAGAAAAUAACCCACGGUGGCUUCCAAUACAAAGCCUUCUUGCGUUAUAAACCAGAUCAUUAUAAAAUGUACAACAAAACUACUGAGGCGUUAUGUGCUCUACACACAAAUGGAUGGCAAUUUGUCUUCCGAUAUCCCCCAAAGUCAUGAACGUGCCCGGCUCCUCGCUAAGGGUAGUUGUGCAUUUCAUGCGUGUGUCCCUCAUGGGAAAUGUGAAAUAUUACAAAGAGCAUUUAGCGAGCUUUCUUCAAACCCUGCAAAUGCCCCUGGAUCAGAAGGCAAAGUCGUGUUACUCUCACACCAUUUCAUUGUAUAUUUGCAUAUCGUUAUUAUAUAUGUAUGUUUUAUUUUGUAUUUAUUGAAUAAGUACCUAUUAAGUUAUUAUCUGUCAUUGCUUUUCAGAAAUGCUGCAUAAUAAAUGAUUAGACUCGA